AUGGAUCCAUUGUUCUGUAACUUAUGGAAUCUAAGAGUACUUGAUGCAUCAAGUAAUCAUCUGGGAGGUUCUAUUCCUCAGUGUUUGGGUAACUGGGGCCUUGUUGUACUCAAUCUCCAAAGAAACAACUUCCAUGGGAAUAUUCCUCAUAUCUGCACACUUAAGGACAAAUUAAUGACAUUGGACUUGAGUCACAACCAGUUAUAUAGGACUAUUCCACGAUCACUUGUCAACUGCAAAGAUUUAGAAGUUUUGGAUCUUGGCCACAAUCAAUUAAGUGAUACGUUCCUAUUUUGGCUACAGAAUCUGCAGAGGCUCCAAGUUCUCGUAUUAGGCUCCAACAAAUUUCACAGUCUUAUAUGUUGUGCUCAUGAUUUUGUUGGCUUUAUGACAUUGAAAAUCAUUGAUCUUUCUAAUGAUGACUUUAUCGGAAAUAUACCAUCAGAGUAUUUUAGAAAUUGGACAUCCAUGAGUGCUAAAGUUUCCCAAAAGCCAAAAGAGUCACAAACUCGACUUACUCUGGAAAAAUGUACUAUAAUGAUUCGAAAAUGUGAAAAUCCUUCCUUGCCAACUUCUAAUGAUGACUACAAUAAUGAGAAAUCAGAUUCCAUAUUUGGUUUUGGAUGGAAACCAGUAGUUGUGGGAUAUGGAUGUGGACUGCUAAUUGGAAUGGUGGCUGGACAUGUGAUCACCUCAAAGAGGCCGGAUUUGAUUUCCAGAGUUUUUAGGGUGAGACUACAGAGUGAGAGAAUAGCAUUAUUGCGGUUCAAGGGCAGCUUUGUUAUAGACAAGAAUGCUUCUUUGCUUCCUUUUGCAUAUCCGAAGGUUGCAUCAUGGACACCAGAUAAAAACCAUGAUUGUUGCUUCCAGGGUGGAGUCCAGUGUGAUAAGGGAACCGGGCGUAUAAUCGCACUUCAUCUCAACAUCCCUUCUGCUUUUGGCAAUCUAUCACAAUUAAGAUAUCUCAACCUUGAGCAUUGUGGGUUUGCUGGUUCCAUUCCUUCAUCAAUCGGUAAGCUAACUAUGCUUGCUCUUUUAUCCCUUUCACAAAAUAAGUUGAGAGGUCAAAUCCCAUAUGAAUUCGAAAAUCUUUCAAGAUUAAGAGAACUCCACCUUAUGGGUUGUAUGAAUUCUGAUACAUCACCUUGUAAGCUAACUAGGCCUACUGAUUUGGACCUUUCAAAGGAUUAUUUUUUUAAUGGCCAUAUUCCAUCUUCCCUUCAAAAUCUCACCCAACUUACCCAAUUAGCACUUGACAAUAAUCAAUUAACUGGUCAGCUUCCACCUUGGGUUGGAAACUUCACCCAAUUAUUUUUACUAGACCUUGGAGACAAUAACUUGCAUGGUACCGUGCCAAAGUCAUUUUCCAAGCUUAAUAAUCUUCUAAUUCUUUGUCUUCUUGGGAAUCAGUUGAGUGGAAUUGUGGAUCUUAACAUGCUUCUUGGCAUGAAGGAUCUCUUUGCACUCAAUUUAUCAUAUAACAAUUUGUCAUUGUUGAAUACCGAAACCAAUAUUACAAAUGGUGCUACUGUUCCUCUGAGUCUAGCAAACAACUCUUUCCAUGGUAGAAUUCUUGAAAUUUGCCAAAAUGGAAGCCAGCUAAAGAUGAUAGAUCUAAGCUACAACAAGUUCGAAGGUCGCUUACCACAAUCAUUGCAUAGUUGUUUGAAGCUGCAAUUUCUCAAUCUUGGGAACAAUCAAUUAAGAGAUACUUUCCCUUUCUGGUUAGGGACACUUUCUGAUCCAAGAGAGCUCAUGCUAAGAUCUAACCACCUCCAUGGAGUCAUAGGUAAACCUAUUUCCAAUUCUGAGUUUCCCACUAUUACAGCUGUUGAUCUAUCCUACAAUAAUUUUUCAGGACCUAUACCACAGGGGAACCAGUUUGAUACAUUUGAAACAAGUUCAUAUGAUGGGAACAUGGGGUUAUGUGACUAUCCAUUAGCAACAAAAUGGUGUGUUAGUGGGCUAGUAGUUGCUAUUGCUGUUGGUAAUAUAUUUUUUACGAAAAAGCAAGCUUGGUUUAUGAAAAUUUUUGUACCAAUUGGAAAUGAAAAGGAGAGUUGGAAGGAGGAGGAGGAGAUAUAG